AUGCCUCAGUUAACAUCCAGCUUUGCCUCCGCCGCUGCAGGCCAGAAUAGAGACUCGAGGGGAAGUGGACGGAGCGAUUCUUCCCGUGGAGCUGGAAGCGGUGAAUGGCCUCGCUCGAACGGCACCAGGACCUUUCGCCGAGCCUCCACGACUCCAUUUAACCAGCCCUCCACCGCAAACCUGGCAGACGGGUCACAACACACCGCCAACGACGUCCCUCCAAUGUCCGCUAAUCCCCCAUCGUCCGCUUUCGAAUCGCAGAACCACCUCCGUUACAGCAGGGAGGAACUAUUGGACAUUUACAAAAAUAACUACGACCCGUCCCAGAUCGAUACAUCCGCCCUCCUCAUGCCCAACUGGAACCCGGCGCAAAUGAAUGGGGGUCCUUCUCGGCCAUGGGGCAAGCCUUCCGACUCCCCCCAUGUGCCACAGGACCCGAGUGUGUGUUGGGACUCGAGCGGGAUGCUGCAGCCUAUCGGUUUCGAGGACAUGUCUGCGGAGGAGCGUGAGAUGUUUGCCACGGAUGUCAACUCAACACUCAAGCCCCCUCAACAGAAUAAGGAAGGCAUUCAUCCAGGGUCCGGAGGGGUCAACGGGCGGAAGGCUUCGGUUAGUAUCGGGAACACGGCCAACUACCCGACGUCGUCGCCGUCCACCGCUUCCCGGCCCGGCACCCGCCGCCGAGAGACGGCGGAUACGAAUCCCUUCCCCGGCACGUCGACUGCGUCUCCCACAGCGAACAGAUUUGGUCGCGAUGAACCCUGGCUUCCUCGCCGUAGCACCGACGUCAAGGAGACCAUAUCCGACGAGCCGGAGGACGAGACGAAUGCACGCGAUGCCGCACCCGGCAGACCUCAGCCCUUUACUCUGCCGCGCAGCAACACCGCUGGUACCUCGGGUUUUGGAGGCCAAGGCUCGCUGUGGGGUCCCGGACCCGCGCCGGCACCGACGAGCGCCGGAAUAGGCGCGUUUGGAAGUUUUGCUCUCCCGACCCCUGGCACUGGGGACAAGCGUCUCGGCGCUGGUGGUGGCAGCCGCCUUGCGCACCUCAUCCCGAAAGACCCGGUUGACGGUGCUGGCCCCAAACCAAGCGAUGCUCCGAGCUGGCGGCCUCGCCAGCGGACGGAUACGGACCCUUUUGCCGCCGAUGAUGGCCUCUCCGGCGGCGUUAUGUUGAGAGGGAGCGACGACAACAGCCCGCCCGCCACGGCUGCUCAGCAUCAGCGGGGUAUUGUUUUCGACACCCCUGUUAAGGGCAGCGCUGGGGAGUUUGGUAUGGCUGGUCUGAAUCUCGGCAAUCACGGAGACGGCACCGGUCCGGCGAGCCCAUCCGAAACCAACCCGUUCCGGAGCCCCAUGGCCGAUCGCAGUGGGAACGGUCACGGCGACUCCGACGUGGAUCGGCUUGCCCAACCUGGCCCGGGCUCAGACCAGCAAUCUAACUUUGGCACGAUGCCCCGAUCAUUCAGCGCCGCGGCGUUCGACGGGAGCGACCGAAGCCAGACCUCGAGCGUUGGAGCCAAGGGUUUCGCCAGUGUCAACUCUCUCUCCGGCUGGCCUGCCGGUCCUUCGGUCAGCACACCCGACCGUGAGCGGGCCCCGUUUCAGCAUCCAUUUGGGAGUGCCUUCCUUAGCUCAUUUCCCGACUUGCCAUCUCCCGGGCUUGGCGGAUUGGGCGGCGUGUUUGCGCCCCCCAGCGCUUCGAGAUUUGGACGUGGCAAGCUGGAAUCUCUCUUUCCUCCGGCCAUGCAGGCCCAGAUGCAUGCUCAUGAUCAAGACAACCUGAGCGAUUCGGUGCCUGACCUUCGCCAGGCCAACCCACUCGGCGCCAUCGGCCGUAGUACCAUCGGUUUCCAGCGUGAUACGGAUAGUCCGGUGAGAUCCGGUAGGGGCGGAUUUGAAGACCUGAUUCCAACAUCGGACUCCUCCCGAUCACCCUUCUCGACGGCCGAACACGGUCCGUCUGGCCUCACGUCGACGGCGCAAGCCCAAUCUUUCCCCACGACCCCCGGCGGUGCACCAUUCCCCACCAGCCAGUCUGCCGACCCCACCGCUGUUAGGACCAUGGUAUUGCCGGAUAGGAUGCGCUGGGUUUACCUGGAUCCCCAGGGGACGAUGCAGGGGCCGUUCAGUGGGCUGGAGAUGAACGAUUGGUACAAGGCCAACUUCUUCACCCCGGAUCUCCGUGUCAAGCGUGUCGAGGACACCGAAUUCGAGCCGCUCGGCCAACUGAUCCGGCGCAUUGGGAACUCUAGGGAGCCGUUCCUCGUCCCGCAGAUGGGUAUCCCCCAUGGACCCCCUACUUCGGGCGGACCCUUUGGCGGGCCCACCACGGACGCUGUCCCACCGCUUCAGAGCGCAUUUCCUUCCUUUGGACGAACCCUCACGGCACAACAGCAGAACGACCUGGAGCGCCGUAAGCAGGAGGAUCAAAUGUUCCACGCUCGGCAGCGGGAGAUCGCGCAGCACCACCACCCGUUCGGAAGACUGCCGCCCAUCCAGCCCGGUGGCCUGCAUCACCACUCGAGCGCCCACAGCCUCCAGAGCCAGCCUAGCUUUGGAAGCAUGACGUCUCCGAUCGGGGUCACCCCCCAGCACUCCCUGGGCCCCAUUGCCCCAGCGGCCGGCUUCUUUGACGCGGCUGCGGGCAUGGCGCCCGGCCCCGCUCAGGCCCCGAUCGGGCCCGCCAACGGCCCGUUCAAUAAUGAUUUGAACUUCAACGAGCGCCAGGUGCUAGCAAACAUGCAGUCAACUGGGAACCUCGCGGGUGCCUUCCCCGGCGCUCAAGCCCCUGGGGGUCCCGUCGGUGAGAGCAGCGGCUUGCGUAGUCAGCUCCCUACUGUUGAUCAGCUCCAGAAAGACGCCGAGGGUUUCAGCGAAAGACUGGAAGAGUUCCACGAGCUGCGAGCGCAAUUCGACGCCGAGCAAGCUGAUGCGGCUGGUACUUCGGAGUCGAGGGAGAAUGGUGCAGAAGACGGGGAGAAGGCUACCACGCAGGUUGCAGUUGAGACCACCCUGGAAGCUGCUACCGCCGGCCCAGGGCCCGCCGAGGCUAACCCAACCCCAAGCCAAGUCGAGCUUACUCUUACGGAAAAGGUGCGGAAGACUCAAGCCGAUAAGGCGAAGUCAUCCCAGCCGCCUCCGGCUUCGGACCUCCCGAUGCCAUUCCCUCCGCCGGCACAGGCGACACCACUCGCAGCUCCCACCGCCCAGCGUCUGGCUUCGAACCUGCCAGCUCGAUACGGCGAUCGCUCCGGGUCGGGCAGCCCGGACACAGCGUCGGAGGGAGCCGCCCUCGCGCCCCCACCUACGGCGCCCUGGGCCCCCCAACCUGGUGCGGAGACGCAGAAGGGCCCGAGCCUGAGGGAGAUUCAGGAGGCCGAGGCAAAGAAGGCCGCCAAGAAGGAAGAGGCGGCGGCUGCCGCGCGGAAGGCUGCUUUGGAACAAGAAGUCGUGGCAAACCGUGAGCGCGAGAAGGCAGCUGCCGCUGCCGCCAGCUCGGGCCUACCGGCGGCGAGCACUUGGGGUACUGGAUCGCCGGUGGGCGCUCCCUCUGGUAGCCCGUGGAAGCAACCGGCCCCUCUCAAGACGGCCGUUGUUGCGGCGGCCUCCGGGACCACGGCAUCGAAGAAGACCCUUGCCGAGAUCCAGCGGGAGGAAGAGUUGCGGAAGCAGAAGGCGGCGAAGGAGGCCGCGGUUGCGGCGGCUGCCAUUCAGGUCAGCACCACGCCAGUGUCGGCGAUCGGAAAACGAUACGCCGAUCUCGCCAGCAAGACAUCGGGGUCGCCCGGUCCCACGGCGUCUGCAGUUGCUGCUCAGCCCCCCCAAGGCGGCGGUUGGGCGGUGGUUGGCGCUAGCGGCAGGGCAAAGGCCCCAACGGGCCCUGCCGUGCAGAGCCGCUCCUCCAGCGUGGGCAACAUCAAGGCCACGCCGUCGCCCACCAUGACGAAGCCAGCGGCCAAGGCGGCACCCACAACGCUCAGGGACGCCAAGAGCAUGGCGAUGGAGGAAUUCAAGAAGUGGCUGCACCGCGAGUUGGGUCGUGGUCUCAAUGGGGUCGCCGAUAUCGAGCAAUUUGCCGUGACAUUGUUGGAGAUGCCCCUGGAUCCGACCCUCCUGGCCGAGGCUGUGUAUGGACAUAGCACGACCAUGGACGGGCGGCACUUUGCAGACGAGUUUGUCCGGCGCAAGAGGCUCGCCGACAAGGGAGUUGUCGAGAAAGAGCCGGCUAGCGCAGGCGGCGAUGGUAAGAAUAGCGGCUGGAGCGAAGUCGCCAAGAAGGGCGGUAGCGGCAGUGGUGGUGCCAGUCUCGCCAGUGGGAGCAGCGGGGCCGCACCCAAGGACGACAUCCCCGGUUUCCGUGUGGUUCCGAGCAAGAAGAACAAGGGCAAGAAAUAG